AUGGAGCGAGUGGUCUUGUGCCUGUCUCUGUUGGCGCUGCCUAUUGCCGCGAUGCUGUGCCCAAAGCGUUGCAGCUGUCAGAAUCUCCUACCCUCCUAUACGGUCCUGUGUGCCAAGACAGGCCUGCUCUUCGUGCCACCCAACAUUGACCGGCAGACAGCUGAGCUUCGGCUCAUGGACAACUUCAUUACCACGCUCCGACACCGCGACUUCGCUAACAUGAGUAGCCUCAUCCAUCUGACUCUGUCUCGCAACACCAUCAGCCUCAUCCUACCCUAUGCUUUUACUGACCUGCAGGAGCUCCAUGCGCUGCACCUUGAUGCCAACCGGCUCACGGCACUGGACGACACACAUCUGCAAGGCCUAAUCAACCUGCGCCACCUAAUCCUUGCCAAUAACCAGCUACAACACAUUUCCCAUGGAGCCUUCCAAGACUUCCUAGAAACUCUUGAGGACCUGGAUCUGUCCUAUAACAAUCUGGUAAACGUCCCAUGGGACACUAUAGGUCUCCUUGUCAGUGUCAAUACACUAAGCUUGGAUCACAACCUCAUUGAGUUUGUACCCGAGGGAAUUUUUUCCAACCUGCACAAGCUAGCAAGAUUGGAUAUGACCUCCAACAAGCUGAAGAAGAUUCCUCCAGACCCACUCUUUCUGCGCAUACCGGUUUAUGCAAAAACGAAAGGCUCACCACUAACAGCACUGGUGUUAAGCUUCGGUGGAAACCCACUUCACUGCAACUGUGAGUUGGUGUGGUUGAGGCGACUGACACGAGAGGACGACCUUGAGACUUGCGCCUCUCCCAAAGAUCUAGCUGGGAAGUACUUCUGGACCAUCCGUGAAGAGGAGUUUGUGUGUGAGCCACCCAUGAUCACACGUCACACUUCGAAGAUGUUUGUAAUGGAGGGUCAAGAGGUGAGCUUGAGGUGCAGGUCUGUGGGAGAUCCUGAACCAACGACACAUUGGGUGAGUCCAGACGGCAAGUUGAUUGCGAACACAUCGAGAACAACUGCCUAUGAGAAUGGCUCUCUGGAUAUCCUUGCAGCUACAGUGAAAGAUUCAGGCGUGUUUACCUGUAUAGCAUCCAAUGCGGCUGGAGAGGCUACGGCCCCUGUGGAACUUGUGGUGAACCCUUCGCCACAUUACGACCCUAAACUUGAACCUGAACCAGGACCCUCAGACAUGCCCACCUCCAUCAAGUCAAACAGCAGUGGGGGGCAGACACGAGUGGAACAACGGGUCAGUGUGACAGAAAUAACGGCCACAUCAGUCAUCAUCCGCUGGCCUUCACAAAGCCAUAUCCCAGGGGUUCGCAUGUACCAGAUCCAGUACAACAGCUCCACAGACGAGAUCCUCAUUUAUAGGAUGAUUCCAGCCUCGUAUAAACUGUUUCAGCUGAGUGACCUAGCCUCUGCGCGGGACUAUGAUCUCUGUGUCUUGGCUGUUUACGAUGAUGGAGUCACUGCACUCACAGCUACACGCCUCGUCGGCUGCGUGUCAUUCAGCACCGAGCGUGAGUACCACCAUUGCCGCUCGCUCCAUGACCAGUUCCUGGGUGGCACCAUGAUCAUCGUCAUAGGAGGCAUCAUCGUGGCCUCUGUGCUCGUUUUCAUCUUCAUCCUGCUAAUGAAGUACAAGCUGCACAGCCAGCACUACAAGCAAAAGGCAGAACACGUCAGCAAUGUUUGCUCACAGACCAACGGCGGCCAGCAAGGAGCAACAUCCAACCCUCCACCACCACGAUCCUCCUCUUCUUCGGCUUCAGCAAGUAAACCAUCCAUCCUUCUCAGUCAUGAGAGGCCAGAGAGUUAUGGCGCCCAGGAGGGAGGCUAUGGGGCACUCAAAGGCACCACAGUAGUGGACUUAAAUCCAGAAUACGGCAAGUCAGUCAAAGAAGAAGACUCGGUAUCGCAAUAACACAGGGUCAAAUCCCACCCCCAUCUUCUCC